AUUAUUAUUUUUGACAAUUUAUAAACAACACUCAAACAUUGCAACAAACGCAUCUGGCAGCUGUUAAAAACUGUUUACAAUUAAUGUCAGCCCUCUAUUUCUCGCUGGCAGCUCUAUUGCCGAUUGAGUAUUUCGGGUAUUUUCAGUUUAACGUAUUUCCUAGUGGCAAAUGGUUGAAAAGCGUUUUUUAACAGCAUUCAGCCGCUCUGCAAACCAAAUGCUGCCAUGACAUUGCUUCCAUGUAGCCGCAACGUCAUAAAGCGGCGACCCACUACUUCGAGGUGCGACGCAAUCGGGAAGACAGUAACGCCAUGGAGUGACAGCUGAGCUGAUCAAUCACGACUGGGCUGGCGUUCGGCUGCGCACCAAUCAGCGCGGAGAAGCGGCGGACGGAGGGUCUCCGGGGAGCCGGAUGAGCAGAGGCGGGCGCGGAGCCGUUGCGGGCGGAAUGUCGAUGUCGGUUUAAAUUUGGGAAAAGGGGCGCCGGACGACAUGAGGUUCCGCAUCUACAAGAGGAAGGUGCUGGUGUUGGCGCUCGUCGUGCUGGUGGCCGCCUUCGGCUUCUGGACGAGCGGCAAGCAGAGGAAACCGGAGGCAUUUCCGAGGGACGCUGAGACAUCGCGUUCGCUGCGAGUCGGUGACGGGAAGGUGAGCCGGAAAGUUUCCAACGAGUCUCAGCCGGGCAGGUUGGAGAGACCAGAGGUCGACAACCUGACGCUGGGUUACCGAGGGGUCGUCUACCAGCUGAACUUCGAUCAGGUGGUCAGAAACCAGGAGAGCAUAAGGACGCGUCCUCCGGACGACGUGGUGGUGGUGAUCCAAGUGCACAACAGGCCAGAAAACCUGCAGUUACUCGUGAACUCGCUCAGAAAAGUCAAAGGCAUAGAAAACGUCUUGUUAAUAUUUAGCCAUGACUUCUGGUCGCCGCAGAUCAACCAGAUCGUGGCAAGCAUCGAUUUUUGUCAAGUACUACAAAUAUUUUUUCCCUUCAGUAUCCAGUUGUAUCCCAACGAAUUCCCAGGGCACGAUCCCAAGGACUGUCCACGUGACAUAAGCAAGGCGGAUGCUUUCAAAUUGGGCUGUAUCAAUGCUGAGUAUCCAGAUUCAUUUGGCCAUUAUAGAGAGUCCAAAUUCUGUCAAACCAAACACCACUGGUGGUGGAAGUUGCAUUUUGUUUGGGAGAAAGUCAAGGUUUUGGAAAAUCAUAAGGGUUUAGUGCUCUUCAUUGAAGAGGACCACUACUUGUCACCUGAUUUUUAUCAUGUUCUGAAGAAUAUGUGGAAUCUGAAAGCUGAAAAUUGUCCUGACUGUGAUAUAUUGUCUCUUGGAGCAUAUGUGCGGGUUAGUAAUUUUGAAGAUAAAACAAAUAAAGUUGAAGUGAAAACCUGGCGAUCAACAGAGCAUAACAUGGGCAUGGCUAUGACCAGAGAGACCUAUCAAAAAUUAAUACAGUGCACAGAUACUUUUUGCAAAUAUGAUGACUAUAACUGGGACUGGACAUUACAGCACUUAACGGUGUCCUGUUUGUCUCAAUAUUGGAAAGUUAUGGUUUGUGAAGCUCCUCGGAUUUACCAUGCUGGUGAUUGUGGUAUGCAUCACAAGAAAGCAUGCACGCCAACUGUUGAAGUUUCUAAAAUAGACAAAAUUAUUAGUAGUAAUAUGCAGCACUUAUUUCCAGAAACAAUGACAAUAAGCAAAGUGUAUCCAUUGGGUGCAAUUACACCACAUGUGAAAAAUGGAGGUUGGGGAGAUAUAAGGGACCAUGAACUUUGUGCAAGCUAUCGCCGUCUGCAGUAAUUAUGUAAUAAAUUUUAUGCCAUAUCAUGUUUUCAGUAGUUUAGUUUUCUCCUGUUGCAAGAACAGAAGCAGUGUUAUACAAUCUUUGAACUUAAGCCCUAAGAAAAUGAUUAUUCCAAUGACAUUUUUUCCUCCCAAAAAUAGAUGUCCUGAAAUUUAUGGACCACAGAAGGCCUGGGUUUGACCUAGCCUCUGGAUUAAUUUCUCUCAGUAAGGGAUGUUGCAAUUGGUUUCAUUAUCCACCAAGUAGGGAAGAGGGAAGAAUCAACCAAGGUUCCUAUGUUUGAUUGGUGUUAGUAACCACACUGACAAACAGUGCUGGGUGAAGCCUGGGAGUCUGGUCCCCAGGUAAAUGUAGCUUUUUGGCAUUUGCCAUUAGAUCCCAACAAUAAGGUGCUGGAAGAAUGCUGGUAUAUCAGCAUUUUGAUGCCUUUGCAAAAGAGUAGCAAAACAAAAAAGAUUUUUCUGCCUUUUAAAGAACCUAAGUCCUUUAAACAAGUUACCAUUCUUUGUACAGUAUGUAUUCUGGUAACUGAAAAGGAGGAAAUGCACCGUUGAUGGCAAAAGUCAAACCUCCUCAUUUUACGCCGCUUAGUUAAGGCUCACUUUUCAUUGUUUGAUUUAAUUUACAGGUGAUACUUGUUCAAAAUCAGCAUUGUCACACUGUUCUUUUAAUGUAUUUACAUUAAGAAAACUUUUUAAUAUGCCUUAAUGUGUGAUACUGUGGUGAGAUUAUCUUAAUUUUAUUAUCCAGGUUAUUUUUGAAACAAGUGGCAGUACUGUAACUGGGAGUACUUUAUACAGUUCAAAAUACUCACUACUUAAAAUACUCAGAGAUCCGAAAGCAAAAUCUGCAGCUAUAUUGGUGGAUAUUUUGCCAAAAUGGAAUUGGUACAAAGACUUAAGCAAUUCACCACUAAAGUAUGUAUGAAAUGGGGUAGUAAAGGGAAAACACAAUCGAUGAAUGGCUAUGUGAAAAUUUCACUCAUUCAUUAGUACACUAUAUUGAAAUCUUAGUCACGAUACUGUUCAGUUCUUUCCUUUGAACAAAAUCUGUAACUGAUACUACAGUGAAAUGUUUUUGUUCCUUGUUCGUGAUGGUAUUCAAAAAGAAACCAGCAUGCCUUUUCGCUGUGAUUGCAUUUAUUAGGGUUCAUCUGACUUGACAGAUGGUGCUUCCCGGCAGUUUGAGAUACAGCUGAUCCCCGAAACUGCUCAUUUUUUAAAAGCAAAUGCCUUGGUUCAAUUUUUUUGCUUUUCAUUGUACAGCCUCCUAAAAUAAAAACAAUACAAUUCUUUUUGUGAACUGGAAGAGAUGUAAUGAGUCAAACAUUGUUCUAUAGGUUAUCUGUACUUUGAUUUCAGUUUCAAGUUGUAUGACUUCUGUUAUAAAACAAGCUAUUUUACUUUCCUAUAUGUCAAACACCUCCAUAUAAUCUGCUUUUCAUUAAUGAGGUGGGAGGAUAGUGGUGAAGACCCUAAGACAAGGAGCAGAAUUAGGCUACUAGGCCCAACGAGUCUUCUCCAGAAGACAUUUAAGUUUGAUCCCAAUGUACCAUUCUUGCUAUGUUGCCUGCAAGGGGAAUGUCCUUUUUAUAGUGACCAUGCUCAGCAAAAUUUCUUAGUCUGACAAAACCUUUUGAAAAAUGAAGAUAAUAAUCUUUUCCCCAUGGGAACAGAUUUCUCCAUCCUUUACAGAGGGAAAAUCACUGGAAAAAUUCAAGCAACAGAUUACGGUCAUGUUGUUGGCAAGUCUAAAUGGAGUAAAACUGUCACUUAGAUGAAUGGUCCUUCCCCCCCACCACUAACAAUCUCCUCUCUUAAAUCCUUACCCCCGCUCCAAAUCUGAACUCUCAUCCCUGCAAUUCCAGUUUCAGGGUUCAAGAUUAAUAUCAUUUCCUGUAUACAAGUGUAAGGAGAACAAAAUAAUUGUUAGUAUGGAUUGGAUGCAACACAAAAAUACACAUAGGCUAAAAAAAAUAAUAAAAACAUGAUAAAUAUAAAUACAUAAGAUAGCUUAUGUAUGUGGAUUAAUUGUAUUUCCAUAAAGUGACGCUAGGUUGUACUUGUGUGACUGACUGGAAAUAAUAAAGUGGUGGUGGAGUUAGUAAGUGGA